CGUGGUUGGCGCGCCAGAUUUCAAAAUGGACGUCUCUAUGGCAAUGUCGCGGUGAGAAUGUCAAUUUAUUUGAUAUUUAUGUCUGAAAGAAAACGAAAAGCAGAUGAUGACAAUAAUGCGGGCAUGUCGACAAUAAAAAAGCACCAGAAGAGACAGAAGCGGCGCUCCAGUUUCAUGAGAUCACGUUCACGGAAGUCUUUGCCCCCGGUCAAUAUAGAAAGUUCCGAAAUCCAUCAAAAGAUAUCAACAGAUCUUCCAGAAGAAAAGAGACUAGAGCAGUUACAGCAGUCAAGUUUUGAGUACACCAUGCAGAAGCUUAUAGCUGAGAUACCGCUCUUUCAGUCGGACGAUGAGCUUCAUUGUAAAAUGAGGAAAGCCUUUGAGGACACCUUGGCUGAUGUAGCCAAGUCUGGCAUCCUAUCCCACGCCUGCAAGAAAAAUAGUUUGGAACCGAAUCCAGCUAAUCUGGAAAUGAAAGAAGUCUUGAUCAAGAUGCAGUCCCAUAUCAGAAGAUUAUCGGACGAAGGGGACAAGUGGGAGAGUUUACUCCAGGAUCAUGCACAGUUGACCCGUGAUGCUGAAAAGAUGGCUGCAUCAGCUUCAGAACCUCGAACAGUCUCCAAGGUUCCUGAGACCUUAACCAUUCAGCAGAGGAGGCUACUUGCUGACCUACCAGACCUUGAGGGAAUAGCAGCAUGGGCCAAGACUUCAGCUGAGGAAACAGCCCUUCAGAUUGCUAAAGUUCACCAGACAGUCAAACAGAUGAUGAAAUUCAAAGUUUCCAUGGAGGAUUACCUUCAACAUGAGCUUGAGGUUUUUGCUGUUGAUUCCUUUGAUGGCUACCAAGACAUCACAGAUCCUAGGAAGUUGCUCUCAAAGGCUGGAACCAAUACUCAAGAAUGUCAAGUCUAAAUCAAAUGUGUAGCAGUAGACUGUGCUUGUAAGAAUGGCCUUUGCUAUGUUAUCAGGUUAUGAAUGAACUUUGCAUGGUGAGUUGAUAUGUUUUAAGUCCAUUAUUAAUGGAAGAAUUUAUAUGAAAUAUCAAGGCAUUAGUCUCGAGUGACCGCUGCUCAAAAAGGCCCAAACUUAUGUCCAAGGAGCCAAUCAUUGCCUCUGAGUUAUGGCUAUGUUUUUAGAUCGUGUGGCUGGAAAUAAGCCAAUGCUCACUAAUUGAUGUAGAUGUACUAUAUGUCAAAUCCUUACCAUCAAAGAAGGCUGCUACAAAUGGCUAGAAGCACUGCCCAAGAAGCAGUCAAACCCAAGUACUAUAAGUAGCAAAUGGCUGAGACAUUUAUUUACAUUUGCCCCAGGGACUUGUGCUUUUGUUUUCAGUUCCAUUUGGCUGGAAAUAAGCCAGCAGCAAUGGCCAUGUAAAUGUUCAUACCUAGCCUCUGCACUAACACAAGUAGCAAUCCUCCGCUGAGAUCUAUCUGACUGGAAAUAAGCUAGCAGGAUUAAAGGUACAUAUUAACAUUUUUUAAGACAUACAUGUUCACUGUAUAUUCUAUAUUCUGAACCCGGGAUUGAUUUAAUUUCUGGUUUAAGUUGUGAUUUAACUAGGGAUAGCCCUAUCAUAUUUGGUGAUCAAUUCACUAGUAAGUGUCUACAAAUAGCAAAAAGUUAGAAUAAUUUCUUCACCAUUAAAGCAGUAGGGAGAGAAAACAGUAAACAGGAGAAACAUUCAAAAUUAACAUUUUUGAUUCCCAUAUUCUUAGCAUGCCAUGUCCUAAAUUAAAUUGGACUUGAAGGCAAUUAACUUUGGAAUAUUGCUCUGGCAGGCUGCAACAUAUGCCUGAGGUCAAAGGUCAAUGUGCUGGCAGAGAAGAAAGAUCCAGGACCCCAUCAAGAAAUUGAAUUUUUUUUUUUUGAAAACGGCUAUAUAAAAGUAAGAAGUAAAAAAUGUUGUUUCUCACAAGUAUUCAUCGCAAAGCCAGAAGCAAGAAUGUAACAUUUCCGUUUAUCAAUUUUAAAACCCUAAUCUGGCCUCCGUAGCACAAAGGUUUUGCAAUCAAUCAUAAAUACCAAUGACCAAUCAAGAUCAUUGUUGUAUGCGCACUCUGUUUGAAAUACUGACCGAGAACCAAUCAGUGCUGUUCUUUCAUAUUUGUAAUUCAUCGCAAACCUUUGUGUUACAGACUCCUUGUCAUAAAAUUUAAUUCCAAUUUUAAGGACACAAAUUUAGUACACUUUAAAUUUGAAGUUAUACUUGUUAUUUUGGACUGUGAAAACUGAAAUUGAUUUUAGGGAGCGCAAAAGUCGAUACUAUAUCUGAUCUCGGUAUUUGACACCAUAUUAAAUGUAAAUUUCUGUUUUACAU